AUGGCUGAUGACAAAGAAAACUGUCCGUUUCCGUCGUGUCAUGUGUCUGGAAAACUGCAGCGUCUUCUCUGUCAUGUUCGUCAAACUCAUGACUCAGAUGACGUCCCCGCAGAGUUUGUCUCUCGUCUGAACCUACAUCGCUGUCAAGACUGUCGGCAGUGGUUUCUAAAGCUGAAUCAACAUUCUAACCAGUGUAGGAAAUCAGCAAGGUCUUCUCUAACCUCAAAGUCUUCACAACGGCCGUCGGGAGAUUCGAAUCCCCACCCCCGCCCCCCAGGUGCGGAAGCCUCCGAAGGUGCCGAAAGCAAUUCGGUUGUGACGCCCGCUGUCGUGAAUGCAAGAAGUCACUGUCCCAUCGUCUCAUCUCAGGUUCCUCCAAGUGUACACGUAUCAUGCACUGUGCCUUCACAGGCGUGGCAGUUUAUACGGGACCUUUCUGUGGAAACAAUUCUUCGGGCAUCGCCGCCACGAACAAUCAAUACUAUCAAAUCAGGUUCAAAAGCCUUGUUUCAGGAAUGCUGCCUAUAUGUUAUGCGCCAAAUAAGAGACAAUCCUUUGGAUGAGUCACUUUGGAAACUGUUCUUUUUGCUUCCAAGAAUGCUGCUGUCUCCCCUCUCUAGAGGUGGAAGAGCUAGUUCGAAACAAGUGAAGUCUCUUUACCAUCAGUUCCUAAAUUUUGAAUGGGGCAGUUUGGCUAAGUUUAAUGAGUCUCAGCCAUCUAAGACAACCGUAGACAAUCGAUUAGAGACACGAAAAGCAGCUUUGAGGCUAAUAAGGUGUGGAGAGCUUUCUCGAGCAUCUAGAGUUCUCAUGAGCUCAGGCCUGGCUCCUCCAACAUCUCAAACAGUCAAGAAGCUUUCUGAUAAACACCCUAAGAGCAAGAAAGAGAUUUCUCAGAGAAAAUGUACCAGUGACCAGAUAUCUUUGAGUAGGAGUCAACUCUUCAAAGCAAUUCAAAGUUCUCCAAACGGAUCAGGUACAGGGCCGUCAGGUUGGCGGUACGAACAUUUCCGUGUCCUACUUGAGAAUGAAGAGCUAGCUGAUUGCCUUCAUUUUGCUUGCUCUUGUAUCGCUCAGGGAAACUUACCUGAUCCAGUGACAUCACUUUUGUCAUCAUCACGUCUCAUCGCUUUACCAAAACCUAAUGGGGAUGUAAGGCCAAUUGCAAUAGGCGAAACCCUGCGGCGUCUCACUGCCAAAGCAAUGUGCAUGCAGAAAAGAAGUGAUUUUGCCAACUUUUUCCAUCCCCUACAGCAUGGUGUGGCUACUGACGGGGGUUUAGAGAUGCUUGUGCACCAUGUACAACUGCUUUUGGAGGAAGACUGUGAUAGGAUCUUUGUGAAGACAGAUGUCAAGAAUGCCUUCAACUCUGUACACAGACAGCAUCUGCUAGAGCAAGUGUCCUCAAGACACCCUGACAUUUUACAUCAUGUCUCUCAAAUGUAUUCUAAACCUAGUUCUCUACUUUUUCAGCAAGGGGGUUCUCCAGUCAUCAUCCAGUCCGAGGAAGGGAUUCAUCAGGGUGAUCCCCUGGGCCCCGCACUUUUCUCGACAGCAAUACAUCCAAUCUUGAGUGAUCUGCAGAAUUCAAACCCCUCUAUCAGAGUUUUGGCUUACCUUGAUGAUGUCUUCAUGGUUGGUUUGCCCCAAGAUGUCCUAUCUGCUUUAGAUGAUCUACGACCUGCAUUUGAAGCCAUUGGCCUUUCAAUUGCCAAUCAUAAAUGCAAGAUCUUUUCUGGUUUAGACUCACCAUGCCUGUCAAGUAACACAGCCUCGUCUAUCCCAGUCACAUCUGAUGGCACAGCAGCCAGCUAUGUGAUAAGCUAG